GCUGCGUGGGUAUACAAAGAACAUGUGCAGAAAGAGUACCACAACAUAUUGGAAACGCAGCGAAAAAGGUCAGUCAAUACAACGCUGAAGUCAUCCACGUUUUAUGCGGCUUCCCAGUCGGCCAACUUCCUCUGCAUCGCCCUGGCGUUUUGGUAUGGAGGAAGUCUAAUCAUCCAGGAAGGCUAUUCAAUGGUGCAGUUCUUCAUUGCUUACGCUGCGGUUAUCGCCGGCUCAUUCAGCGCCGGAGCGAUUUUCUCCUUCGCGCCAGAUAUGAGCAAAUCCCGUCAAGCAGCCCAAGAUAUCAAAACACUGCUGAGCCGACCUGUCACCAUUGAUGCCCGUCAAGAAACUGGCGAGCAGUUACCGAGAAUGGAUGGCAGCUUGGAGAUACGAAAUAUCUACUUCCGAUACCCCAACCGACCGGAGAGGGCGGUUCUGAACGGCCUCAGCUUGAGUGUGCAGACGGGACAAUACAUAGGUCUUGUAGGUGCAAGUGGAUGUGGGAAGAGCACCAUCAUUUCUUUACUGGAGCGGUUCUUUGAUCCCGAAGCGGGGCAGAUCUUGGUUGAUGGGAAUGAUAUUUCCAAGUUGAAUGUCAAGAGCUACAGGAGCCAUCUUGCUCUGGUCAGUCAAGAGCCGACACUGUACCAAGGGACAAUCAGGGAGAAUAUUAUCCUCGGAACCAACGACGAGGAUGUUUCCGAGGAGAGAGUCAUCCAAGCAUGCAAGGAUGCCAACAUCUACGACUUCAUCAUGUCCCUGCCUGAUGGCUUCUCGACCGUUAUAGGCGCAAGAGGUGGCAUGCUCUCUGGCGGGCAGCAACAACGAAUAGCCAUUGCGCGAGCGCUUCUCCGCAAUCCACGCAUCCUCCUCCUGGAUGAGGUAACUUCCGCGCUCGAUUCAGAGUCAGAAAAGGCCGUCCAGGAUGCACUGAAUGCGGCGGCUCAAGGCCGAACAACGGUCGCUGUUGCGCAUCGUAUAAGCACGGUACAGAAGGCCGAUUGUGUUUAUGGCUUAGUGUUGCACGAGGGCAAUGUUGUGGAACAGGGGUCGCACCAAGAGUUAAUGGAGCUGGGUGGAAGAUACUUUGAGUUGGUCAAGCUACAGAGCUUGGAGAGCGUUUGA